AGACUGCAGUCAGUUGAGUCAGUCGACGGGAGCAGGCAGCUGGUAGCUGUGGGGAACGGGCUGUCGUCGUCCAAUAGUCCGGUAAAAGUCGAGAGGGGAGACCGCUUUGAGUCGAAUGGAUUUCAUCGCAGUGUGUCUCCUUUUGGGGACAGUACUGACGGUAAACUGCGAGAUUCAUUCCCUCACUUACAUCUACACGGCCCUCUCCAAACCUGUCGCAUUGCCGGGCAUCCACGAGUUCACAGCAAUGGGUCUGCUGGACAACAAGAUGAUUGACUACUUUGACAGUACAACGAACAAGAAGGUCCCCAAACAAACCUGGAUGGCAGAAAGACUGUCUUUAGAUUACUGGGAAAAAGGCACACAGUCUCGCCAGAGCAAGCAGCAGUGGUUCAAAGUCAACAUCGACAUUCUGAUGAGGAGAAUGAGACAGAAUGACACAGACGUCCACGUUCUUCAGUGGAUGCACGGCUGUGUGGGCGAAAAGCAGGCCGACGGCAAGAUGAAGUUCCUCAGCGGCAAGGACAUGUACAGCUACGAUGGAAACAGCUUCCUGUUCUUUGACGACGCUAACAGCGUCUGGGUCGCCCCAGCUAAUGCAGCAAGGGAGACCAAGAGGAAGUGGGAUGAAGUUCAUGUCCUGAAAGAAUACACCAAAGGCUACCUGGAGAACGAGUGCAUAGAAUGGUUGAGCAAGUUCAUGGAAUAUGGGAACAAGCAGCUGAGAAAAGCCUCUCCUCCUGAGGUGUACAUGUUUGGACACAACGCCAAAGUUAAGACAAACGUCAUUUUGACGUGCCUGGCCACUGGUUUCUGCCCUCAAAACAUCGAGCUGUGGAUCAAAAGGGACGGCCGCAUUCUCACUAAGGAGGACGGAGUGCACAGUUCUGGGGUUAGACCAAAUGAGGACGACACGUACCAGAGAAGAGACCACGUGGAGAUUCUGAAGAGCGGUCAGAAGUCCAGAUACACCUGUGAGGUGAAUCACCGUGCAUCCGGGCUACACGUUGAGAAGGAGUGGGAUUGGUCAGUAGCUGAGGAGUCUGUAGUACCUGUACCUGUCAUUGCUGGUGUGGUAGUGGUCCUGGUGGUUGCAGGUGUGGCUUUGAUACUGAUCCUGAUGAAAAAACGCAGACAUGCAGGGCCAGGUGUUUAUGUCACCCCCCCCCCUGAGAUCGUCAUGGCACGACUUGCUGCUACACCCUCCUCAGAGAAUGGCAGCGAUGACAGCGCAACAUUUCUCAUCAAAGGGUCUCAGGACAGCAUUGACUCUGUAGUCCCCGGCAGCGAUCAGGACAGCGCAAAGAGCUGCGAGUCCACCAGCCUCAUGAACGGGAAUGUAGCGGAAGGCAACUGAAUCAGAGUAAAUCCGGACUCACCCUGCCCGCCGGAAACACAUUGAACGAUCCAGCAGAUACCAUGGGAUUGAAAGGGUUUGUGUGUCAGGAAUUUGAAAAUGAUCAAAUUGAAUAAGGAAAGAUACUGAAGAAAAAAGGAAAACAUGCUUCAAAGCGGACAUGGCUAUAAAAACUAAAGUUAUAGUGCAAUUUUGUAGAACACCACUGGUGCCGUCAGUGAAGGUAAGCAUUUACUACAAAUCAAAGUAUACGCGUCGUCGUAGGAACACCAGUGUUUCCAUCCCAUCGUCAUUUGGUCUCAGUAUGCUGAUGUGAGACUUGAUCCAUGACAGUCAGGCACUUAUUACUGAUCAAGGAUAAAAAAAAAAGAUCCUUCAAAGACUGCAGUAAUGAAUGGAAACCAACGGCUUCCUCAACAUGGAAGCAAUUAAAAAUAACCUUUUACAAAUUGCAAGCACUUAGCACAUCAUAUGUAAUUUGUAGAAAACAGGACUCAGUUUUUAAAUACACUGGUAUGAGAGAAAGCAGUAACUCGGGGUAUUUGAAGUGAGUGGGCGGAUGUCAAAAGUACUGCGUUUUUUAUGUAAUACUCUUGUAUAUAAAGAUAUUUUUGUUUUUAUUGAGCUGAAACGCUUUAAAAGCUGUUAAUGUGUAGGCUUAUGGCAAAAAUGAUGCAGCACAAUAAGCUCCAGUGCUGGAUUUAAUAUUUGGAUAUUGCUUUUACUGACUCUGUCCCUGCUACUCCUUUUAUGUUAAGGUGAUAUAAUCUUAUUUUCUUGAUUUUAAUGGUUACUCUUUUGAGUUCUUGGGUGCAUAUUUGUUAAUCCAAGAGUGUAUUCUUAUCCAUCUGUUUUAUUAUUGCUGAAAUGUGGUGAAUCAGUUAGCUGUGAUAAAAAGUUCACUCCUGA